AAAGAGAAGUUAAAGAUGGCGGCGACGUUACGAACUGUUCUGUCCCGAGUUCUGCCCCAAAGUCGCGCUGUGGCCGCUAACCUGACGGCCGGUCCCUCCAGCCGGCUGCCUGCGGCUACCGCAACACUCCUGCACAGAUGUCGGAGUACCGGAGCGCCUGAUGAGGACGUGACCUUGGAACAGUUCCGGCCUGAAACCUCAUCUGUGCCGGCCAUGACCGACAUCGGGACACGAAGGAUCUUCUCGGAGGACCACGACAUCUUCCGGGCGAGCGUGAGGAGGUUCUGGGCAGAGGAGGUGGCACCCAAUCACACUCAGUAUGAGAAAGACGGGCAGGUGAGCCGUGAGGUGUGGCUGAAGGCAGGAGAGCAAGGCCUGCUGGGAGUGAACACUCCGGAGGAACUGGGCGGAAUCGGAGCAGACGUCUUGUACUCAGCUGUCAUGUGGGAGGAACAGAUGUACUCGAAUUGCAGCGGGCCUGGUUACGCCAUGCACUCGGACAUCGUGAUGCCUUACAUCCAGAAGUACGGGACCCCCGAGCAACACGAGAGACUGCUCCCUGACAUGGUGGCCGGCAGUAAGAUCGGCGCUCUGGCCAUGACUGAACCUGGAGCUGGAAGUGACCUGCAGGGAAUACGAACCAACGCUAAGAAGAACGGAGAUGACUGGAUCCUGAAUGGCAGCAAGGUGUUCAUCACGAACGGUUGGAUGGCUGAUGUCACCAUCGUCGUGGCGAUCACCAAUCCGCAGGCCAAGUCGGCCGCACAUGGGAUCAGCCUCUUUCUGGUGGAGGACGGGAUGGAGGGCUUCAAGAAGGGACGAAAACUGGAGAAAAUCGGGAUGAAGGCUCAGGACACAGCAGAGUUGUUCUUCGAUGAUGUCCGCCUGCCUCCCUCAGCUCUGUUAGGUCAGGAGAACCGGGGGUUUGUUUACCUCAUGCAGGAGUUACCGCAGGAGAGACUGAUCAUCGCAGACAUGGCGAUCGCUUCGUCUGAGUUCAUGUUUGAGGAGACCAGGAACUACGUCAAGGAGAGGAAGGCUUUCGGCAAGACGGUCUCAAGACUUCAGACCAUCCAACACAAGCUGGCAGAGAUAAAGACAGACAUCUGUGUGGGUCGGGCGUUUCUGGACCAGUGUCUGGAGCUACAUAACCAGGGUCGACUGGACUCCAACACUGCCUCCAUGGCCAAGUUCUGGGCCUCGGACCUACAGAACCGUGUGGCUACCCAGUGCCUACAGAUGCAUGGAGGUUGGGGCUACAUGUGGGAGUAUCCCAUCGCUAAAGCGUUCGUCGACUCUCGUGUCCAGCCCAUCUAUGGAGGAAGUAACGAGAUCAUGAAGGAACUUGUCGCUCGCAACAUCGUCAACUAGAGGUCACAAAAAACACAACAUCGUAAGCUAGGAGUCAUCUGAGGACAAUAAAAGUUCAAUAUCUUCAAGUAGAGGUCAUCUGGGGACACCUUAAACGUCCUUAACUUGGUGUCAUCUGAGGACAGCUAAAAUCUUCUACUAGAGGUCAUCUAAGGACAUCAAAAAUACAAUGCUGCAUUAGGCUUGAUUCAGGCCUAUGCCUUUUUAACCUUGUAUUGUUUGUAUUAUAUGGUUUUAUUCUUUUUAGUUUGGAAAAAGCUGGCUUUCUACCAUGCAUUUAUUUGUGUUGAAGGGAAUUUUAUGUUACAAAAAGCAGUAGCAAACUCUGCAAUAUCCUCAAUGACUGUCAUUUUUUAGGCUGUAAAAUGUCGUAUAAAUGUAUGUUUUUUUACACAUACAAUACUGUUAUGUAUUAAAAGCAAAGGUGUAAGCCUUAGUGUAAUACCGGGUAAAUGAAAAGAAUUUAUGUCUGUAAAUUUCACAUCUGUAAUAACAUUGAGGUAACAUCCCUUCAAUGUAGUAUACUAGACUAUGUAAUCGAAUGUUAAAUAUCUAUAUCAUAGUUAAAAGUGUAGUAAUUAUAUCCGUAGUUUUAUGCAAUAUAUGUAAGUACCUUGUAUUUUUCUUUUGAGAUGUGCAAGAUGCUGUAUUCUUUUAUAUAGACAAUUUUGAGACAAAAGUUCUAUGCUAACAUGUACAUGUAUUGCUUGCUGAACUUAUUAUAUUCAUGCAAACUACACCUGCUGUAAGUUCACAAAAUGUUUGUAUAUUUAUUAGAAAAGAAGAAUAAAUGGUGUUAUUUGGUUGAG